AUGGCCCCUUUUCGUCGCCCCAGCAAUGGCCGAUCUCCAUUGGUGAAUCAACAAAGCCAAAUCACCGCUUUCUUCUCCAAAUCCGCUUCCUCUCCUUCUCCUUCAUCUUCCUCUCUUGUUCCCUCCUCCAAACAAACCCCUAAAUCCCAACCUAACCCUAACCCUAAUCCCAAACCCAAACGGAGUCCCAGCCCUAGCCCCACCACUCCUUCUCCUCUCCAAACCAAGCGCAAGAAACCCCUCCUAGUCAUCGGCCCAUCUCCCUCCCCUUCCCCUUCCCCUUCCCCUUCUACCCCCGAAUUCCCCAAUAAAUUGUACGGCAAGGAAGUGGUUAACAAGAGGAUUAGGGUUUACUGGCCGCUCGAUCAAUCUUGGUACGACGGUUCUGUUAAAUCUUUUGAUAAAGUCUCUGGCAAGCAUCUGAUUCAGUAUGAUGAUGCCGAAGAAGAGCUUUUGGAUCUUGUUAAGGAAAAAGUCGAGUGGGGUGAGGAACAAGUGCCUAGAAAGUUCCGCCGGUUGCGUCGUGUUUCGGUCAUCGAGGAUGAUGAAGAAGAGGAGGCUGUAGCAAAUGCGGAGGAGGUCGAAAACGAUGAUGAUUCUACCGAUGAAGAUUGGGGUAAGAAUGUGGAAACACAAGUAGCUGAGGAUGUUUCAGAGGAAGAUAUGGAUAUGGAGGACGAGGACGAGGACCAUGAUGAUGAGGAUGCAGUGGCAAGUGGGGAGCGAAUGCGUGGCAAGAACUUCGAAUCAAGAAAGCGCAAGACGAGUGGAGGGGGGAAAUUUGUGGCUGAAUCAAAAAAGCGCAAGAGCGCUGGAGAUGCCAAGAAGAGCACGGGUAAGGUUACUUUGGACGGCAAUGGAGGCAAAUUGGUAGUGCCCAAAGAUAAUGGCAGUGGGAAUGCAUCUCAUGUUGUGGUUGAUGCUGCUGAAAGGUUUGGCAUGCGUGAAACACAGAAGUUGCGCUUCCUUGGGCAAGAUCGUAGGGAUGCUAAUAGGAGACGCCCUGGAGAUGUAAAUUAUGAUCCAACAACUCUCUACUUACCUUCUGAUUUUGUUAAGAGCUUAUCUGGUGGCCAGAGACAAUGGUGGGAGUUUAAGUCAAAGCAUAUGGACAAGGUUCUAUUUUUCAAGAUGGGCAAGUUUUAUGAGCUUUUUGAAAUGGAUGCACAUGUAGGAGCAAAAGAACUUGAUUUGCAAUAUAUGAAGGGAGAUCAACCUCAUUGUGGAUUUCCAGAAAAGAAUUUCUCAAUAAAUGUGGAGAAGUUGGCACGGAAGGGUUAUCGGGUACUUGUUGUGGAGCAGACAGAGACACCUGAACAGCUUGAGCUUCGUCGCAAGGAGAAGGGUUCUAAAGACAAGGUUGUCAAACGGGAAAUAUGUGCUGUGGUCACAAAAGGGACAUUAACUGAGGGAGAGAUGAUGUCGACGAACCCUGAGGCCUCUUACUUGAUGGCAGUGACUGAGAGCUGUCAAAUUUUAGCAAACGACCAGGAGCAUAUCUUUGGUAUUUGUGUGGUUGAUGUUGCUACAAGCAAGGUUAUUCUUGGUCAGUUUCAGGAUGAUCCAGAGUGCAGUGCCUUGUGUUGUCUAUUAUCUGAACUAAGGCCGGUGGAAAUUAUAAAACCUGCUAAACUACUUAGUUCUGAAACUGAGAGAGUGCUGCUGAGGCAUACAAGAAGUCCUUUGGUUAAUGAGUUGGUUCCACUUUCGGAAUUCUGGGAUGCUGAGAAAACUGUUUGUGAAGUCAAGGCCAUCUACAGUUGUAUUAAUAAGCAAUCAGUAUCUUCAUCUACGAAUGAUGCAAAUCUGCAUGCUACUGAGUCCUCUUUAGAAGAUGGCUUCAGCUCCCUACCAGAUGUCUUGUCGGAGCUUGUGAAUGCAGGCGAUGAUGGUAGCUAUGCACUUUCAGCUCUUGGAGGCUCUCUUUUCUACUUGAAGCAAGCUUUUAUGGAUGAAACUUUGCUUAGAUUUGCAAAGUUUGAAUUGCUUCCGUGCUCCGGUUUCAGUGACAUUGGUCAAAGGCCGUACAUGAUGCUUGAUGCAGCUGCACUGGAGAACCUAGAGAUAUUUGAGAAUAGUAGAAAUGGAGACUCUUCAGGAACACUAUAUGCACAAUUGAACCAUUGCGUGACAGCAUUUGGAAAGAGGUUACUCAAAACAUGGCUUGCAAGACCUUUAUAUCAUCUGGAUUCAAUUAGAGAACGGCAGGAUGCUGUAGCAGGCCUCAAGGGGGUUAAUCUACCUUAUGCACUUGAAUUUCGGAAAGAUUUGACCAGGCUUCCAGAUAUGGAGCGGUUACUGGCUCGCAUCUUUGCUAGCAGCGAAGCUAAUGGAAGGAAUGCAAAUAAAGUAGUUCUAUAUGAGGAUGCGUCAAAGAAACAGCUUCAAGAGUUCAUAUCAGCUUUACGUGGUUGUGAAUUAAUGACCAAAGCAUGCUCUUCAUUUGGUGUCAUUUUGGAAAAUGUUGGAUCUAGGCUCUUACAUCAUUUGUUAACUCCAGGUAAAGGUUUUCCUGAUAUUCAUUCAGUUCUAAAACAUUUCAAGGAUUCGUUCGAUUGGGUGGAAGCAAAUAAUUCAGGCCGUAUAAUACCUCGUGAUGGGGUUGAUAUGGAGUAUGAUUCUGCAUGUAGAACAGUUAAGGAGGUGGAGUCUAGUUUGAACAUACACGCAAAAGAACAGCGAAAAUUACUUGGAGAUUUAUCAAUAAAUUAUGUAACUAUCGGAAAGGAUGCAUACCUUUUGGAAGUACCUGAAAGUUUGAGUGGGAGCGUUCCUCGGAAUUAUGAGUUACGAUCAUCCAAAAAGGGCUUCUUUCGGUACUGGAAUCCAACUGUUAAGAAGUUGAUAGGGGAGCUCUCACAUGCUGAGGCUGAAAAGGAAUCUAAGUUGAAAAGCAUUCUACACAGGUUGGUUGGACGCUUCUGUGAGCAUCACAAUAAGUGGAGACAGUUGGUUUCUACAAUUGCAGAACUGGAUGUUUUGAUUAGCUUAGCAAUUGCGAGUGACUAUUAUGAAGGUCCCACGUGCCGGCCCAUUAUCUCAGGGUUAUCAUGUCCAGACGAAGUGCCAAGCCUCUGUGCUAAUAGUUUAGGCCAUCCUGUUCUUAGGAGUGAUUCUCUUGGCAAGAGCACAUUUGUCCCUAAUAAUGUUAUAAUUGGUGGUUCGGGUAAUGCAAGCUUCAUCCUGCUCACUGGUCCUAAUAUGGGUGGGAAGUCCACUCUUCUGCGCCAAGUUUGCCUUGCUGUGAUUUUGGCCCAGGUCGGAGCAGAUGUCCCCGCAGAAAGUUUUGAAAUGUCACCUGUUGACCGAAUCUUCGUUAGGAUGGGAGCAAAAGAUCAUAUUAUGGCUGGCCAAAGCACAUUUCUGACAGAGCUUUUAGAGACUGCAUCUAUGCUGUCAUUGGCAACCCGGAAUUCACUUGUGGCAUUGGAUGAACUUGGACGGGGGACAUCAACCUCAGAUGGGCAAGCCAUUGCGGAAUCAGUUCUCGAACAUUUUGUCCACAAGGUGCAGUGUCGAGGAAUGUUUUCUACCCACUAUCAUCGAUUAGCUCUAGACUAUCAAGAGGACCCCAAAGUCUCCCUGUGCCAUAUGGCAUGCCAAGUUGGAGGAGUUGGAGGUUUGGAGGAAGUUACCUUUCUUUACAGGUUGACACCUGGUGCGUGCCCUAAAAGCUAUGGCGUCAAUGUUGCACGCAUUGCUGGACUUCCCGAUUCAAUACUUCACAAAGCUGCUGCCAAAUCUCAAGAGUUUGAAGGAAUGUAUGGUAAACACAGGAAGGGAUCUAAAGACAAGUUGCCCAUUCAGAGCUGGGACGACAAAGUAACGAGUCUUAUCCAACAUUUAGUUAAAGUUGCGGCAAAUUUGAAUUGCCACGUGGAUGCUGAGAGCAUAGGUGUCAACUCACUGAAUGAAAUGCAGCAUAGAGCAAGGAUGCUUUUAAAGCAAAACUAGAACAGUAGUUUUCAUGUAUGCUUUGCAUUGCUGUUUUUCAACAGUCGGGUCUGGUUUCUAGAGAAUCUCUCUUGUAGCUAUGAUUCUACGAGCUUUAACGGGCGCCCUCAGUGUGAGCUAUCAGAAGUACACCUAAAGCUAAUGAGCCAUCAGUUGAUUUACAAAGGAGGGGAAAAAAAAGAUCGCUCUGUUGGUUUGCCAACUUCGGUGCACAUAUCAUAUUUUUGUAACGUGUCUUGAGAGGCAUAUUGCCAAAUGUUGUGGUUUUUAGGAGGCUUUCGUUUGUCCGUCACCAUUGGACAUAUUGUAACUACUGAUAGUGAAAUUCCAAGUUACCGACCAACAAAAGAUUUUGAGUAAAUUAUACUGACUGUUCUUGAAA